AUGGCACGAACACUCAAAGUGGCCGCUGCCCAGCUGGGCCCGGUGCAUCUCAACUCGAAGCGAGAGGAAACCCUCGCGCGGAUGAUCACGUUGUUACAACAAGCGGCAGAGUUCGGUGCUCAGUUGGUGCUAUUCCCAGAGUGUGCCUUAACGACAUUCUUCCCCCGUCAUCUCAUCAAAACUCAAGAAGAAUUGGACACGUAUUUUGAGCACAACGAUGAUCUACUUGACUCGCCAAACACAAAGCCACUCUUUGAUGAAGCAAAGAAACUUGAUGUCGAUAUAUCGAUAGGCUUUGCUGAAAGGACUAAGGAGGGUACUGGCUACAAUACCUCUAUCUAUUACAGCGUCAAGAAGAACGAGGUCAUUGCCAAAUACCGAAAAGUCCAUCUCCCUGGAACAAAAGAGCCAUUCGAAAACCCAGACGCCGUCAAUCAGCUCGAAAAGAGAUAUUUUGAGAUUGGAAACCUAGGUUUCAAAGCUUUCCGAGUCCCUGAUAUCAUUCCUGGUGUUUUGAAAAAGGGAGAUGAGUCUAAAGCCGAAAGAAAUGGACUCGGCGAUCCUAUCAUGGGAAUGCUGAUCUGUAACGACCGUCGUUGGCCUGAAGGAUGGCGAUGCUACGGACUUCAAGGAGCUGAAGUGGUCUUGUGCGGUUAUAACACUGCUGGAUUCGCACCUGAUCUCUGGGGAACUCAGAAACCGAUGACUCCUCAACAGGCAGAAGACGAUGCAGUCUUCCAUCACAAGCUGGUGAUGCAAUCGAACAGCUACAUGAACUCUUGUUUCUCCAUCAGCGCGGCGAAAGCUGGGUUAGAAGACGGGAAAUACGAUUUGAUUGGAGGGAGCUGUAUUACGAGUCCUGAAGGACAUGUGAUUGCGGAGGCAAAGGGGAAGGAUGAUGAGAUUGUGUUUGCGGAGAUUGAUUUGAAUGAGUGUAGACAAGGGAUGGAGAAGACGUUUGAUUUUGCUAGACACAGGAGGACGGAGGCUUAUGGGUUGAUUGUUGAAAGGGCUGGGGUUGUUGAGCCUGAGUUGUUGUAG